GUCUGGCUGGAUUGCCACCUUCCGAGCCGCGGGCAUGGAGGCGUCGCGCUGCCGACUCGCACCCCACGGGGCCAGUGCCUUUGAGGAUGAGACCAUGAAGCUUCGCCAGUUGAAACUAGAUAACCAGAGAGCACUGCUGGAGAAGAAGCAGAGAAAAAAGCGCCUUGAGCCACUUAUGGUCCAGCCAAAUCCAGAAGCCAGGCUACGUCGGCCAAAGCCUAGAGGCACCGAGGAGCAAACCCCUUUGAUGGAGCCACACGCCCUGCACAAUGAUGUCGUCCUCCACGGUAUUGAUGGUCCAGCAGCUUUCCUGAAGUCAGAUAGUCACGACUUGGAAACCAAACUUCAUGUCCUUGCAGUAGGUUCUUCUGCCACAGAAGAGGACACUGAAGGAAGGGAUGAUGGGGACAGCGUUCUGGACGCUGCACCCAAGCCAGGCCUUCAGGAGAUUCUCCAGAAACACGGUAUCUCGGGUAGUUUGAACUUUGAUGAGGAAGAGACUGAUGGGGAAGAAGAAGGAAAAAAGUUAAGGUCUCAUUCUCCACAUUCAGAAGCAGACAGACCAAAUUCUGCAUCCAGCCAGAAGUCAACCACAGAUACAGGAGCUUCCAGUACUGCAGCCCAGCAAGCUGAGAACCAGCUGGGAGAAGUGGAGAAUUUAGAGGACUUUGCUUAUAGUCCUGCCCCACGAGGCAUCACCGUCAAGUGUCGGAUAACCAGGGACAAAAAAGGAAUGGACCGGGGUCUUUUCCCCACUUAUUAUAUGCACUUGGAAAAGGAUGAGAAUCGGAAGAUAUUUCUUCUUGCAGGUAGAAAGCGGAAAAAGAGCAAAACGUCCAACUACCUUAUCUCCACGGACCCAACAGAUUUGUCUCGUGAAGGAGAAAGUUAUAUUGGCAAACUCAGAUCCAACCUCAUGGGGACCAAGUUUACAGUCUAUGACCACGGUGUCAGCCCAACAAAGGCCCAGGGCCUGGUGGAGAAGGCCUACACCCGGCAGGAGCUGGCCGCCAUCUGCUACGAAACCAAUGUACUUGGAUUUAAAGGUCCAAGAAAAAUGUCUGUGAUCAUUCCUGGGAUGAAUAUGAGCCAUGAACGGAUCCCAUUUCGUCCACGAAAUGACCAUGAGAGCUUGCUUUCGAAAUGGCAAAACAAGACCAUGGAGAACUUGAUCGAGCUGCACAAUAAAGCUCCCGUCUGGAACGAUGACACGCAGUCCUACGUCCUCAACUUCCACGGCCGCGUCACACAGGCAUCGGUGAAGAACUUCCAGAUAGUCCACGGAAAUGACCCGGACUACAUAGUCAUGCAGUUUGGACGUGUGGCAGAUGACGUGUUCACACUGGACUACAACUACCCGCUGUGCGCACUUCAGGCCUUCGCCAUCGGGCUUUCCAGCUUCGACAGCAAGCUGGCGUGUGAAUGAGCGAGCGGCGGCCCCGGCUUCCUCACUGCAGGCCUUCCAGAGCAGAGCGGGCGCCUCGUCUUGCCCCAGGACAUGAAAAGCGACCACCCACCCCGUUUGGAAUGACCCUGGAGUGAGCCUGUGCGUGUGUGUGCGCACACAUGUCCGUGUGCAUACAUGCAUGCGUGCCAACACGCACACACACUCUGGGUUUCACAGCUUAACGUGCACAAGGAGGUCAAGGCACAGAGCCUCCUGUCCAGAGUGCGCUGGUGACUUCCUCCCGUUUACUGCCCCACAGAUUCCCUGCCUCAAGGCCAGGUUUCCUCUGCUUGGAAACUUGCAGCUAGAAUCAGGUUCUAACAAUCAAACGCUUGGAUCAUUUUUGGAAGACCUUUUCAGAGAGGUUCCCUAAAUCACCCCCUAGACUCUAACGACAGCUGUAAAUGACAUUCCGUAAAUGAUAGCUGGUCUCUCUCUCACAGUCACCCAGCUCUGCCACAGCCGUGUGAAGGUGGCUGUAGACAAACAGAUGCGGCUGUGUCCCUGGGAGCUUCCUUUAUGAAGCCAGGCGGCAGGUCAGAAGGGCCUGUGGCCAGAACCUGCCCACUUCAGGUUUCUCGCGUCUCCAGGCUCCGCGUCUUCCAGAGAGGGCCUGUGGAUGGCACUCCGCUGGGAAGUGUGCCCUGCAGGAUACACUACGACACACUUAGAGGACCUUCUACGGUCACAGCGGGAGAACCCCAAAUCGGUGAUCGUUCUGAGCCACACAGGUGGCUUCGGUCCUCUCUCCUACCCAUUUGUCCACGGGGCAGGCAGUGCCGUCCAGUGCCUAAGAGGGGAGCUUAACUCACCAGGAAACAGACCUGGAGUCGUGUUCUCCGGGUGGCAUCGUCUGAGCUGGCUUGCUUUCCCCGAGCCUUCGGAGGUCUGAUGUCACGGCCCCUUCCCCUCAGCCCCACCCCCCAGCAUGCUGGCUGGCACCGAUCUCAGGGCCCGUGGCCAAGUUUGUGACAUUUAAGGGUUUUAUAUUGAUAAUUGUCUUAAUUUCAGUGUAAGCUGAAAGCAUGAACUCUAGAGGUGACCUCGUCUAGUGAAGACUGCAGUUUGACAGCUGCCUUCAUUUUCAACCCAGGAGUGCCUCGUUGCCAUGGAGCUCUUAGUACCGAGGGACACGCACCUGCAGUGUGAGCGAGGGUGGACGUCACAGACCCGCACUGUCGCUGUCAUCAGGACUGGCAGUGGGGGAGCUUUGGUGCAGACCCCGGGCUCUGCCAAGCCUGAGGGCAGGGCACUGGGCCUCCAGCUCCCGCGGCCUGGUGCAGGUGUGCUCCCGUCACUUCCUCAGACCGUGAGAUGUCGCCAGCCCUUCGAACCCGUAGCACCUCCCAGCUGCACCUGCCACUCUACCACCAGUUCAUGGCCUCGGAAUGUGCCGAACCUUGAGGCUCGAAGAACUUUGUCGGUUCUAGCCUUCGAGCCCCGAGCUGUUUGCCAGCGUGGGGCAAAGAAUCGAUGGCUGUUCGCCCACUACAUUUCCCUUCUAUGGGCUUUCUUUGUCGCCCCGCUUCUGGUUACUUGCUCCACAUCAAACAGCAGCGUGAAGGAAGAGACUGACCGGGGAGAUGAAAAGGCCCCUUGCUCCCAGCCCUCCCCCGGCCUGUCCUCCUGCUUCAUUUGACAUGAUCGUUUCCAUCUCAGGCAUGCGUCACAUCAAGUGCCUCGUUCAUCAAGUGCCCGCGAGCCUUCCAGGCCUCCAGUGCCACUGUCCCGAUGUGCUGUCGAAUGAGCUGCCUCGUUGGAGACAGAAGGCUGUUCGGUCAUCUCCAGCCGCCGUGUGCGGCAGCGUCCCGGGGAGGGGACCUGACAGGGCAACUGGACCCAGUCUGCUCCCUCCUGCGCGCUCUGGCUUGGAGACAGACAGACCCCAGCUUCACAAGCUCUCUGCUUGGGUGUGCAGGUGAUUGGUUUUAUAAAAAAUCAUAUUUAUACCUUUUGUAUGC